UUUCAGGUCUCCUGCCGGGUCUCCCACAUUAACCAACACUCCCCGCUCGAUACGAUAUCCGCAGGGAAAGCUUGACGUCAUUUGUCGCCACGACCAAACAGAUGGAGAGCUCAUACUUUACAGAGCGUGUACCAAUUGCUGCUCGAUACUCAGUUCUGUCUCGCAGCGACAAAUUGAACGGCUGUUGCAGCAUCUUGAUAGGUUUACUCUGUUCGAUUGACUGCUAGCAUUACAGAUUCAGCUUCCCAAAAUACUCCUAAACAUGUCGACCUCUCGCCGUCCAACCAGCCGGCGUGAGCCAGAGCCGAAUGUCACCUGCAUGGGAAUGUGCAUGUACGGCAUUGGAGCCGGGCUCCUGGGCGUUGCCGCCAUGACCGUUGGCGAAAAGGUGGAGCAGUACUUCACCGGCCGCCCUAGUUCCCUUGUUCCCGGCCGCGCUCUCGAAAGCCUCCUCAAACUCACCCCGCGUCCCGACAGCCAGAUGUUCUCGCUCAAUGUAUUGAUGAGUUACACCCAGGGCGCCGUGGCGGGUGUGGCUCGUGCCAUGAUGAGUUUCCACGGGAUCCGGGGGCCCAUUGCCGACUUCUUGUUCGUCGGGGUGAGGCUGGCAGUUGAUCAGGCCCUGGAAGUUUGGAGUGGGGUUGGCUCGUGGCCUUGGAACUGGCCGCCGAGCGAGCAAGCCUAUGAAUUGCUACAUAAGACGGUGUAUGCAUUGUCAACAGGAUACCUGGUGGACUGUUGGCUUCAUUGAAAGCUGGGGUUCACAUUGGUAUACUUGAUCAUUGCGGCACUCUGAAAAGACCAUAGGUUCAGUUACUUCACGUCCGCAUGUACAUUAGGUAUAUCCAGGUAUAUAACUUUUUCUAUGUUGAAUGAAGGCGUUAUGGUCUGGCUCUUGACCCUGGAUUAAUCGGAAUUAAAGAGAAUUUUUGGUACUGGUCUUGAUUAGCAC